AUGAAAAGAGGCCCCGGCAGACUGCCCCCAACAUUCCCACCCCUGCGAAUGCUCCGCUUCCUGAGCUCUUCCGCCGCAAGAACUGGAAGAGCUAUCCAUGGCUCAGUCCGCAUCAGCGGGCCGCCCUCAACAAAUUCUACAGCGACCUUCAGCUCGGCGGCGCCCAGGAGACAGCGUGCUUCGGAGUCGCUCCUUUCCGAGGCACAAGAUGUAAGGAUUGUUGCGCCAAGAUCUGCCGAAGUAUCUGCCCUCAGCCGCCGAAUCAUGGUGCCACCUGAGCGGGUCGUGAAGUAUUGCCGGCAGCUGGCUGAGGUCGCUGGGCCUAACCCCUCCGGAGCCAGGGUGGAGUUCUCCCCGCUGUACGCCGUGCGGUACAAAUGUCACAAAUGUGGCCACCUCUGCUUUCUGAAGACGGCCAUCGCAGACCAUUACCUGAAGGUCCAUUCUCUGCCCUUGCCUACAGAUGAGAGCCUUUUCUGCGAGCCGGACUUCUAUGCGCGGCGGCUGGAGCAGGCAAAGCCACCUAGGGUCCCCGGCAUCAAGCGGCUGCGGAAAGUGCUGCCAAGCAAGUCCAACAAGCUCCACUUGGACAUGGGGGAACUCCGAGAGGAGCUGGCUGAGGAAGACGAGAUAGAAGAUGUACAGUGGCUGCAGCUUUUGGCCACUGCUGAAUCCUUGGUUGGCUUGGAGCAACACGCCAAGGGCUUGCCGACGCAGCGGCCGGUUGGCCCUUCGCAUACCAGCCCGUCGGUCACAUGGCCAAUGCUCGCCCGCCUUGCUGGCCUUCCGGAAGCAUACUGCCAGAAACGCAUCAGGGAGCUCCUGCAGUGCGACCCCAAGAACCAACGCUUGGUCAGUACCUUGCGAUCCGAGGAAGUCCAGAGUGAGCGCUCCGCACAUACACAAAGUGCUGCAGGGAGGUACGUCUCAAAGUGUCUGCUGCUCUCGCCCUACGAGACAUUCAUGUCCUGGUGGAAAGUGGAGUUCUUACCUGCCGAUGUCCGCAGACUUGUCGAUUCUGUUCUGAGGCAGUGGCAGGUCGCGUCUUUGGUCAGCAAGUACAAGCCACGCAGCAAAGGAAGGAGGCUUCCAGACACCGUGCAGCCGAGUUUUACGUUGACCUAUGCCUGCAAAGUCAGGAUGUUUGGCAGAGGUGGGGAUUUCACUCGCUUGCAAGAAGCGCUUGGGACGCUUUCGUCGACCAGUCCUGAGGCUUUACAGGGCUACCGGAGCUUCGCGCCAGAGUCAUCUGAGGGGACCCACCUCCUGGUGCUUUCAGAUGCUGUGGCGUCAAACCGGGCGACCCUGAAACCGGUGUGGGCUGACUCAGAUUUCUACAGUCAGGCAAUCGGCAGGAGGCCUCCCUGGCAGAGCUCUCACGAGGAGGAGGACGAAGAGGAGGAGCCCGAAGAUGAGAGAAGCGGCUCGCGGCCUCCAACGGGCAUCCAGUCCCAUCUGCAACUGACGAGUGACGAGCCGACGCUUCAGUCGAUUCGAGUGGCUUUGCCGGCACCCCGGAAGCCAGAAAGCUGCCUGAAGUGGCUCCUGGUCCCCGACGACGAGCUUCCGAACAUGCUACCGGCCCCCGUGGAGCCGGUGGAUCCAAUGCGUUGCUUCUGCGAAACCAAGGACGCCGAGGCCGAGAACCGGCAGGAGGAUUCCGAGGAGGAGGAAGCCCAGGACGAUGACAUCGGAGGAGAUGCGCUGCCCAGCCAGAACCAAGCUGCAACUGAUAAAGGGGCUGGCAAGCUCAACAUCCGCCGAGCACUGCGCUGGAACAGGACGAAGACCACGAGGUCCUGGAGACUUCAUUCAAAGAGUUUGCUGCAAUGUUCCUGGAGAUGCCUUCCAGCGAGGGAGCAGGCUGGUGUUCGCGAGAACAAGAACUCCUCGAUGCAGCAGCUUUCGUCUUCAAGACCGUUCAUUCGAUAUCUUCCAGAGCACCGGAGGUCAAAGAGGAGGAAGGUGACCUGA